AUGGUUGGAAAGGAAGUAGGGGCAAACGACUUCUCAUCCAUCUAUUCUCAUGAUUCUAAAAUUAAUAAGAAUAUAGACUACCUGGUGGAAACUGCUGAAGUGAAGGAUCCAGCUAAUGCCGUGGCUCAAGAACAACCUCUUGAAAAAGAAAUUAUACUAUUUAACAACUAUCUCAAUAAUACUCAUUAUGAUGAAUCAAAAAAUUUGCAAACUUCAGAGAACAUAAAGACAUAUUGGACUCAAAAGGUUUUUGAUGAAUCCGAUGUAUUAACAGGGUAUGAUGAUAUCCUAUGGGGUUCAUUUAUUGUCUGUAUACAUCGCAAUAAAACAACAGAUAAGUUUAAUUGUUUGAUUGUUGAUGACUUUGGUCUCAGUUCAAUAGAAUCAAUUAAUGUCACUUGCGAAUCUCCAUAUUAUUCUGCCAUCGAAAAUUUAAGCCCCAAUGACAAAAAUUCAGAAUUAAAAAAAUGUAUUGCUAUUAUCAUGUUACAACGAUACUCAGAAUUAAGUAUUGAACAGAAGAACCAAUUAAAAUAUAUAUACAGUACAAGAUCUCUUUCAGAUUACGAUUAUGUGCAUGCAGGUCAAUUGGCAAGUAACUGUACCAGACCCAAACUUACAUCGUCAUCACUGUUUGGUCAGAAAGUUAUUGCAAAAGGUUUACUCGACCAUCACAAAGUUAAAUCAACCCUGUUAGAUGUAAUAUAUCAAAGCAAAGAAUCUACAAUUGAAUUGAAUAAUAGACUUGUUUUCCAUCUUGGGGAACAAUUAGAACAGUUAUUUAACCCAAUUACUGAAUAUUCACCAGAACAGACGGAAUAUGGAUAUAGACCUCCUGAAAAUGACGCACCUACAGAAGAUGAUGAACCAUUGAUUAAAGCAAUUUGUAAUGAAUUAUUAGAAUUACAAUCGAAUUUCACAUUUAAUUUGGUUGAGUUUUUGCAAAAAUUUCUAAUUACGUUAAGAGUACAGGUUUUAAAUAACGACAUCGAAGGUUUAUCUACAGUCAAACUGAAUCGUUUGUUUCCACCAACAAUAGAUGAAGUUACAAGAAUUAAUUGUAUUUUCCUAGAUUCUUUGAAAUCGGCUACUCCAUAUGGUUCGUUCGAAGUAUUAAAGGCAUGUAACUUAACGAUACCAUACUUUUAUAAGGCUUAUACUAGACAUGAAGCAGCCACUAAAAACUUCAGUAAAGACAUUAAACUUUUCAUGAGGAAUUUUGGAGAUAUUAUGCCAAAUAAAGAUAUAUAUACAGAAAUGAAAUUAGAAACAAUAAUAAAAGGCCCACAGGAAAAACUACUAAAAUUAAAAUUAAUUCUUGAUAGAUUAUACAAAAAGAAAGAAUGGUCUAAAAGCAAUCAAAAGGAUGCUGAAAAGUAUUAUAAUAACAUAAUUGAUAUAAUUAAUUCCUUCGGUCAUUUGGAUGCACCUAUGAGCUCGUAUAAUACUAGAGUAUUCACACCAUCUGGGAAAAUUUUAACUGAAUUGGCCAAAGGGUGGCCCGUUGAACUACAAUAUAAGUGGUUAAAGAGACGUAUUGUUGGUGUUUUCGAUAUUGUUGAGGCAAGUGAACCAUCUAAAAGAAAACUGUUGGUUAUAUUUAGUGAUUAUAUUGUUUUCCUUAAUAUUAUUGAUUACCAAAAAUAUUAUACAUCUGAUAAAUCCAACAAAAAACCAUUAAUUUCAGAUAUUUUAAUGAAUUCCUUGAUAAAUGAGCUUCCGUUGCCUCCGAAAAUCCCAAAGUUAGAAGUUGAAAAAUAUUGCUACAUUAAUGAAAUUCAUACAUCUGUGACAAACAACGAUAUCAUUAGGUUCGAUGCAAUUCGUGCAAGAGAGAAACAGCCAUUUUCUGUUAUUUGUAAACUGGCAUCAAAGACAAAUAACGCUACAGAUAUUGCAGAUUUGAUAACCAAGGCUAAGAUUUUAGAAAAGGAUACAGCAUUCCACUUAUUUAAAUCAUCUACCGAAGAAUCCAUUCUCUAUUUUACAGCACAUGAAUUAGAAGCUUAUAACAGCGAAAGGAUAAAAUCCAAAUUUGGGUUAUUCUUAAAUAUGGAGCCUUCCAAAGAAGAAUUGGUUGCAAAUAAUCUGCACUCAGCUAUUUUUGCCAAGUUUUCGAAUCCUACUGAAACAAACACAGUUCAAUUGGACCUUUUAACCCUAAACGAUAAUGGAAAACAACAAAGUCGAACAAUACCUGCCGAAAAUAUGGUUUCAACCCUUCUUUCAUUGUUGGCGGUCGAAAUAUCUGUCUGUUACUCAUCAAUUUUUUCAGAGGAAGCCCUAGGUUUAAUUAGUGUCAACAACGUUGUGGCCACCCAACUCUUGGAAAGUAAUGAGGUAGAUCCAAGUUUACCAUCCGAAAUAACAUCGCCAAAUUUAUCUCGUGAAAUAAAUGAGGAAACUAAAAAAUCGUAUGGUACAAUAACGACAUUCAGAAGUGAUGUAAGUGAUUUGGUAGAUGUUCCUAAUGAUAAGGAUAUUCCGGAUGAAAAGGCUAAGAAUGGUAAAACAGACAAGAGGAAAGGAGAGAAGAUAAAGAAGGGGGACAUAAAAACGGGGAAGACAAAUACGGUUGGAAGUGAUAAAACUCAGAACAAUAGAUCGAAACCAACAAACCAAAAAAAUAAAGUUGAGAAGACACCAAAAGAAAAAACAAAAAAUAAAGGUUUCUUUGGAAUCAUUAAGAGUAUAUUCCCAAGUGGUAAUAAAAAGGAAAGGAAACAGAUAGGAAAACCAGUGAUUGUUAAUCAAAAAACUUCAAACAAGCAGUUAGACAUUAAACCCCGCCCUAAAUCGAAACUAGAACCUUUGAAACCUGUCCAGGGUAAAGAGAAAAUUUCUGAUAGGAAAACAGAAGCUCCUGGCGAAAACAGAACGAACGAUACAUCUACAAGCAGGAACGCGGUUUUAUCAAAGGAUGAUGAUGUUCGAAUUAGUUCUGUAGUUCAUAAUCCUAACUUUACAGAGGAAGUGACAGGAAAUGAAGAACCGGAUAAUAAUACUGAAACAGAGAAGAGCACAGAACCAGAAAAGAUAGUUCCUAAGGUUCCUCCUGCCUUUGAAAUAACUGAGAGAAAGAAAGAAUUACCACCGGUUCCAAUAAAAAUCGAAGAAAACAAUACUUUAGACAUCGACACACAAUCGCUAGACUGUCAGGCAGAUGGUACAGAAGAAGGUAAUGAUACUGAUCUUAAGUUGGCCAAUCCCAUUUUACAUCAAAGUCAAUUGUUUGAAGAUGACUUGUUCGGAGAUUUUAUACCUGAGAAAGCAACGAACGAAGAUAACCAAGAAAUGUUGAAAAAUGUAGCGGUAGAAGGAGAAAAUUACACUAAUAAUUGUGAUACCCCCGACAUCAAUAGCCCAGUUCUAAAUGGAGAGAUUGUGACUUUGACUGAAGCUCCGAAUUCUGUAUCUGAAAAGGUGAGCUCCGGUGGUAUUAAAUUGGAGCCAAAUGAUGAAAUAAAGAAUGGAUUAUUAGUAGAAACAGAGAAGUCUAAACUGAAGAAGAAGGCACCAAUAUUUCCUGAGAUAGCUAAAAUUGUUCCGCCAAAGUCAAAUAUUAAGUUUGAAAAAUCACCCUCAUUUGUGGAAUUAUUCAGAGAUAUGAGAAUUGUCUUGGAUGAUACUGAUGCUAAGUACAAUUGGAAAAGGUUAUCUACUGAGGUUUCUUUAAAUGAAAAAUAUCUUGUAAAUAACGAUGGUAUUGAUCACGCUAAUACCACAUCAAAUACUGGACUAAACACAAUUGUGGAAAAAUCAUAUAAUAUUAAAGCUCCAAGUUCUAACUCAAUAAAAAUCAAUAAUACCGGAAACAUGUCACCAAAUAGGCCAUCACCACAGAAAAAUGAAGGAUCCCCUUUCAGGGCUUUAGCACACAAGAAACUUUCAGAUUUGACUGUGAACGAUAUUGAGACCUUUGGUUCACCCCGUGUUAAUAAUGGUUUAUUUACGACACAAAAUCCAGGGGAGGGUUCAAAAGGAAAUAGAUCACUAAAAGGUAGUGAUGGUACCCCCAUAGGCUCUCCGGUAAAACCUGGGGCAUUUUUUAAAGUGGUCAACAAGUCCCCAACUAAAUUUGCAAAUAAGCCUUCAAAAAAUGAUACUACGGAAUUAACUAAGAAUCUUCAGGAAAAUAGAAAAUUUAUCCAACAGAAAACAUUGGAUUCAAGUAUUCAAUUGAAACCACUAAAAUAUGUUAACGAUAAUUCAAUUGUUGAUGACAAAAAUGCAGUGUCUGAUUUUUCUUUUGCUUCUAACUUUAAUGUUGAUAAUAAUAGACGUUGGGUUCAAUUGAACGUUAAUUCCAAAGAGGAUCUUCUAGAUGAGACUUUCCAUACCCCACUAGAAGAUGUAUCAGAAACAUUUUCAGCUCCAAUAUUUGAAAAUGCUCCUGUAGUAUCAAAUUCGACUACAAAAAUUGUAACAGAUGCAGAACAAGUUAGCAAACCAACCACAAACAAAACCAUUCUAGCCAAAAAGAAUGCUGCUGAACACAGAAGCAAAGAUGAUAUUUUGGAUGAUCUGGAUUUUAGCUCAUUCGAUAUUACUUUCAAUACAACUAAUACAACUAACGACAUUCAAUCAACUAUCCCAAAAGAAUCAAAUGUUGAUCAAAAUAUCUUAUUUGGCUUAAAUAUCAAUAAUAUUCCUAAAAUGACCGCCCCAGUUGUUUACAGAUAUUCCAAAGAAUUAUCAUUUAAUAAUAAAGAAAACAUCAAGGUUACAUCUAACAAUUUGGAUAAAUCAGGUGCUGGAUUGAACGAACAUGAUUAUGACAACGACGAUGAGCCAUUCUGGAUAUCGCCAAGUAAAUUAGAUUUUACAACUCUGAAUAAGUCCAGUGUGAAAAAACCUAAUAAUAUCACUACAUUAAACCCAAAUAAAUACAAUAGAGAGCCGGUUCGUGCUUCUGAAACCCAAGAUAAAACAUUUUCAACAAAAGAAGAUUCUAAGGAAGAUUCGAACAUCACCCAUGAUAUGUCGUUUGCAUUUUUGGGUAACCUUGUUGAUAUUGAUGGUACCGAAGAUGAUUCUGAAACAAAUUCAAAUUUCGCAAACGACAAGCCAACACGUUUACAAUUUACUUAA